CAUCAUUCUGCGCCUUUCUGCCAAGAUGGCGACAGUGGAUUUAAGAGAUAAUCUGCUGGGCAUCUCAUGGGUGGACAGCGGCUGGGUGCCCAUCCUGAAUCCCAGCAAUGUGUUGGAGUAUUUCUCCGAGAGGAGCAAUCCCUUCUAUGAUCGCACCUGCAACAACGAGGUGGUCAAAAUGCAGAGAUUAACCCUGGAUCACCUCAAUCAGAUGGUGGGUGUGGAAUAUAUUUUACUUCAUGCUCAGGAACCUAUUCUGUACAUCAUCCGAAAGCAGCAGAGACAAUCGCCAACACAAGUGAUCCCUCUUGCUGACUACUAUAUCAUAGCUGGCGUGGUGUAUCAGGCACCUGACCUGGGAUCUGUGAUCAGUUCCAGAGCGCUUUCAGCGGUUCACGGGAUUCAGUCUGCAUUUGAUGAAGCCAUGUCCUUCUGCAGAUACCACCCAUCCAAAGGGUACUGGUGGCAUUUUAAAGAUCAGGAGGAGAAAGAAAGGGUGAAGCCCAAAUCGAAGCGGAAAGAGGAGCCAAGUUCUUUGUUCCAGAGGCAGAGAGUCGACACACUGUUACUGGAUCUGCGCAAUAAAUUCCCCCCAACUUUCUAUCAGACCAAGCCAGGAGAGAAGCCUGUUCCAGUGGAGGUGAAGAAAGAGCCAGAAGUGCCUGUUGAGACGGUGAAGCCUCAAGAAGAGCGAGAGACAAAACCUCCAGCUCCCCCUGCUCCUCCACGGCCUCCACCACAAACUACACCCAACAAACCCCCACCUGAGAAGCGUGCUCGUCUGCAGUGACAAACAAACACCUGCAGCCACAAAACAUCAAUGCUGAGGGACUGACUGAUGCUCAGACCUGUGGACCGUUCUCUGCAGCAGCUCACUGAGGGUGGACUGUUAUUGUACAUAAGUGACUUUCGUUUUUGUAAUGAGGAAACUGAAAUAAGUUUCAUAUCUGUAUGUCCUUUUCUGUAUUUCAGUGUUUCUGGGUUGUAGUAUUAUGCCAUUGUGUUAAUCACAGUGAAAAGUUAUUUUUCAGAUCUUGUUUGCAGUGUUUGCCAUAAUUCCUAAAGUGUACAGGCUUUUCUGAUGAUUAAAAUAGUUUUUGUA